AUGGCCAGUAAAAAUCUCCCUGUGACCCCUCCACUAGGAUGGACAAUGGACCCAGAAGAGCUUGACUACGAGGGUGAAUGGGCCACACCAAAUACCUGGGGGUAUCAACUCACCGCCAAUUAUAACCUUGGGGAAUGCACUCCUAUCAUGUGCAACCCCCAGGAGGGGGAACUAAUCUUUAAGGGGGGUGGAAAAUUCUAUCAAAUCUGCCAGAUGGGCGGAGAUUUGUUUGAGAUCACUUCCCCAAAGACGCUCGAUGAGAUCAUUGCUGUUGUGAAGGGAGAAAGGCGGCGAAAGAUAAAGCAAAAUGAAGAGACUCGGCUGAAGUCGUCUCACUCACCCUUGCUUCUAUCCGUGGAUGGAUGGAUCGCGCCAACAGCUAAAUAUACAUUCAAGACGCAAAACCUCACUCUCUUCGGGCAUGGCAUGGGCCCGGCUGCUCCUGUUGCGUUCACCAGGGUUCUUUUGAAACUUACUCCUGGAUCCAUGUGCUUAAAGGCUAAAGUGGAGCAAAUGAGGAUAUUCAUGGCAUCUCGCUACAGUGGAAAGGCGUCCGAGGAGCCCAUUACCAAGCUUAUCUCCGCGGGGGAGACCUGGAAAGGGUUGGCAGACCCUUACUUCAAUUUCCAAGAGCUUAUACGCAUCCACGGCCGCACAAUUGCCAACUUCCUCGCUAUAACGGAUCAGCUGGAGGUCAUCCUCGAGACAUUUCGGGAUUGCUGCGAAUCCCGGCCGGUCUAUUGA